AUGGAACCUGCCACCUAUCCAGAACUGCCGCCGGAGAUCUGGCGCAAUAUUCUCAGGUGGUACACGGCCGACCAGGACAACAACAUCCUUUUCAUCCGGGACGUAAACCGGCUGUUCUACGACGUCGCGAUGGAUCAUCGGUUCGAAAGGCUGGAUCUGCGGGAUCUGAACGCGGGCGGCGCAUUUGAGCUCCAGCGCAUCCGAGAUCCGUGGCUGACGAAGCGACUGAAAUGGAUAUCCCUCUCAACGUGGACUCUUGUGCAGAUACUCACGGAGGAGUGCUAUCGCUCGGAGCACCUGCUCCCGUCUGCGCUGCAGAACCACCGGGACGAGACGACCCACAUCAUCACACCGUCAUCCACGGUCGCGUCGAUGCUCGCGGCGCCUCUGAUCGAAUGUCUUCUGGACGUCCUCGCGAGCGCAAAGAACCUGCGGAAGGUCGUGGUGGAGGUCCAAUCGCCGCCCCAAGCCGACUUUAGGUAUAUCACGUUCCCCCGCAAGUUUCUGCGCGCCGCGUUCGCGCGGUUGGCAAGUGGCGCAUCCACCACGACUCUGGCCCUGCGCGUGCACUAUGAGAUGCUUGCGAUGCUGCUCGAUGAGCUGGCGCUGGUGCAGAUACGCAGUCUGACGGAGCUGGCUCUCGUCAUAGAGCCUCGCGAGAAAGAACGUGUUGAGCCCAUUGGCCCAGUAAAGGGUCAGGCGUUCUUCGAGAAUCUCGGUCAAUUUCCUUUGGAAUCCCUCCGUGUAUUUACGAAGCAGAGAGCUGUCAUCGCAUCACAGAUAUCCUCAAUUCUAGAUCACAACGUAAUCCUGCCCAGCGUGCGCAGGCUCGACAUCGCCACGACAUUCGACGAUAUCCAACCGAUCAAAUCGCUCCGCACGAACUACCCAUUUCUCACAGUCCUCAUACUCCACAUCAUCGCCCCAGAUUCGGGCUCAAGUGUCCCGCUAAGCGCCUUGGACCUCCCGAAUCUGCUGGACCUGCGUCUAUCCCUCAAGGGCGCAUUCGAAGGCCCCACAUUCUGGAGCGGCCACCUCAAUGCCCCGCGGCUCACACAGCUCACCGUGGCCGGCGCGCUUAGGGAACGCAUGGGGCUGCCAAAGCUCCAGCGCACUGUCCUCCAGGUCUGCACCUUCUUCGCGAGCGGGGCAGUCGAGCAGCUGGAGAUCCACGCCGGCGUGCUGGAGAGGUUCCUCCUCGAUGCGUUGGCGGUGUCGUUUCAUGGGCUCCGCCGCCUCCAUAUACGCGCCACGCGUAUUCUGGCAAUGGCGCAGUUUGAGGAGGAUAUGGAGUGCCGCCGCUAUCCGGAGUGGGACAUACGUGAACUUAAGGUGGAGGUCAUGACGCCUCCCAUUGGUCUUGGGAAUGUUGAUGCACAGGUGUUGACCAUGAUAAAGAGUACCCUUCCGCAGGCAAGUGUUUCAUCGUAA